AUGAGAUUAGGAGAGGCGGCGUGGGCUGAGGUGGCACCCGUGCCAACAUGAGCUCCAGCUGGGAAUCUCGACUGGAAAGGACCCAGGUCUAAUAUCAAGAGUGCUAUACUAUGGCAGGAGAGGCUGCCUCCCAGCGCAGGGAGACCGCAGAUGCAGCCGACGCCCAGAGAGCCUCCUCAGGGGAGCUGGUGGAUGUUGAGUGUCCCAUAUGCUACCAGGAAUACAACCAGGACAACAGAUGCCCCCAGAUGCUGGAGUGCCUCCAUGCCUUCUGCUCUGAAUGCCUGCACAGGAUCAUCGUGUGUCAAGGUGAGUCUGCCCACCAUGGCAGGCCACCAUUCAUCUCCUGCCCUCUAUGUCGACACCACACGCCUCUGGACAUCAUGGCCUCUGUGACCUCACCCAGCAGCUCCAGUGCCCCCCUCACCUGGCCCACUGCGGUGAUCCCCUUACCUCUGCCCACGGUCACAGAGGGCAUGACCUUUUUCUUGGAGGGUAACAGCAAUGACACCCAGUUUAUCAUCCUGCCCACCGUCAGCCUCAGGGUCCAGCAGAUCCACCAGGAGUCAACACAUCUUCCAGCGUCAGGUCUGGCACGGGACGAUGACGUCAUUGGACAGGGUAAAAAGGCUGUUUUGCAGGUGCUCGCUGUCACUUUUUGGGUUCUAUUCAUCAUCGCUUGUGUUGUGGCCGUGGUGUUCGGGCCGCAUUUCCUCAACAGACAACUUUAAACCAAGGCGGUUUUAUUUUGGGUCUUCUUGCGCUCUCUAGUGGUGCAUUGGCAUAUUGCAUGACUCAAUUGUGCCUAGAAUGUGCCGAAAUUUCCAGUCACGCACUCCAGUCACAAUAUUUCUCAGAGACCUGUCGACAUUAAAAACCAAAGUUUUCAUUCAGUUAUUCCAAGGAUCCAUUGUAAAAUGCAUUGAUCAUUCCUGCCAUUAAUAAAUCACACUGAGUGCUAAUAUAAAAGAAGGUUGAGACCACUUAGAAUUACUUAUUCUUUUAAAAAUGACCUGCAGGUUUCUUUGAAGCAUGAGAAUUUGAUGAUUUUCCCUGAGAAAAUUGUGGCUUUUCACCUUGUAGAUAACGCAGCAUAAAGGGCUUGGCGUCUGUCUAGAGUCUGGUCAAGUCAAAACUGUUUAGUUCCACUUAUUUCGACACAUAACAAAACUGAGCGACAACUUUUCCCCUCAUCUCAUGGACAUGGCCAAUGCUUUAGAGCUAGAACUCAUUUGCUCUUUGUGGUCAGUCUCAGAAGAGGAAUAGAAUUGUAUAGUGAAGACAGCUCAUAGACGUUUGAGCUGAAUUCUGAACAGAUAAUGGUUUGUGACAAACAGCGCAAGGGAUUUGGAAUAAAUACAGAAAUGCAAUGUUUAAACCUGCUUAAGUCAAACAUUGAUCUGUUUGCCUGUAUUCAGUAAGAAGUCGGAGUGUCUGAAAUUGUUACAAUGUUUUAGUUGGUUAAGAAAAUAAUCUAUAAAUUGAAGAAUAUUUAUGCUCGAAUACUGACAUGUUUAACUCGUUUCAAUUGUGUCAUUGUUGAUUACUUAACUGUGCAGACAUAUUUGCUAUGCUUUAACAUAUAAUACAUUAAUAUAUUUAUAAUGGAAGCAUUUUCACGAUUGUGUUUCUCAUAAUGUUCUCAUAGAUGAUUCUUUUGAUCCAUCAGAGCGGGGUCUGUUUAACAGUUGGCUAA